GUGUAUGUGUGUGUGUGGAACAGGAUGGGAUUGGAGCAGUGAAGUAAAACAGACACUCAGUUCGAUCGAUAAACACGUCCAUUAGUCAGGUCUUUCCCACUUCAACAUCCGGUGUCGCUUUAAGUACGUGCUCUCAGAUUCCUCCCUCCGGUAGUGUCGACAAGACAAGUGCAGGAAGGGGUCGGUCAUUAAGUUCAGGCCACCACCCCCCAUCCAAGUACUAACCUGACCCAACAUUGCUUAAUCUCGCUGGUCGUACGAAACGGUGUAUUCAACAUGGUAUGGUGGUUGGCCUGAAAUGUCAUUAAUUUCAGGACAUCAUUCCAGCUAUUCUCCUCAGUGGCACCUCUCACCAAGGCGUACCUACAAAACUUCUAAUACACGUGCAAUCAAUAUUUUCCGAAGAUUUGUUUAAUUUUUUUAAGUUUGCGUUCCUAGAGAUCAAGCUGAGAUCAAGUCGAAAUGAACGGAACGGACAACCAGACUGAAAAUUGUAAUGUGCUGAAUAUAUAUAGUCCUGGGGAGUCGCCAGUGUCUGCGGCAUUCCUGACGGUUGCUCUGGUCCACUGUUAUGGUGUCGUCGUCUUCGGCACCCUUGGUAACACGUUGGCGCUGUGGUGCGUGGGGACGUGCACCAAGACGCGACGGCCGGUGAAGGUGUUGUUGUUCAGCGUGUUCCUGCCCGCCCUCGUGGUUUGCCUGGCGACGCGACCUGUGAUUGGAGAGAUCCGAAUCGCCCUCCUCACAUGCGAUAUUCACAGGGUCUCAGUAGUGGUUGUACAAAUCAACAUGGUUGUGUACAAUAUCCUGGCACAGAUUGAACUGACCGCCAUAGCUGCUGUAGCUGUGGUCAGGGCAGUGUCAGUAUGGGCGCCUCAGAGGCAGGCGCUUGGGCUCCGGGGCACAGUGGUGCUGGUGACGGCGAUAUGUGUCUACUCCAUCCUCACCGGCCUUGGGGUGCUGGUAAUGGUGGUGACAGAUGAGAUGGACCACCUGAGGAUUCUUGUCACAGUCCUGUUCUUCAUCAACACGACACUUCCGGCACUCAUCACAGCCGGCGCCUACGUCCUCAUGAUAUACAUACUUCAGCGAAACAAGCGUCGUUUAGCCGCCAGUCAGCACCAGCAGCGGGAGGCCACCACCAUGGACCAGGCCACGCGGGCCAUGCUGGCGGUGUUCAUUAGCAACCUGGUGUUUGGCCUGCCACACUCCAUCUACCACCUCAUGGGGAAACAGCCGCACUUCAUGAAUAUCUUAUUCCACGUGUUGUUUUCAACACACUUCGUCAUGGACCCGCUAGCUUUCGUGUGGUUCAACAGUUGCUACCGAAGACGCGUUUUUUCCCGGAUGAAGAAAGUGACGCAGUCUCUGUCCUCGGUUCCUACAUCGUCUUUCCUCCACGCCAGCUCAGUCUCCCCGAGUGACCAUCACCUCCACCACCACGACUCCGACCCUAAGGAGGAGAACGUCUGUUAAGGCUGAGCACAUCCGCGCCUUCAGGCAGAGAAUGCUCCCCACGAAGUGUACAGAGGAAUAGAUACUCUUUCAUUUCUUCACUAAUGAUAGAGCGAACUUCAGUAGCCAGAAGACAUGUUGGACAGAGAAAUAAUGCAUUAGGUGUGUUGUCUUUUGUUGUUUAGUUUAUGUGCGUUGUUUGUAGUGUGAGGAUGUGGCUUGUUUAUUUGUUGCCUUAUCUUUAUAUACUGGAGAGACGAAAGGAGCGAAGGAGUUUGAUUUGUGUGUGUUUCUUGUAUUAAAAAAUUUUCGUUUUAAAUAUUAGUAGCAGCUUCUCUUCCUGAAGCGUGGCUGAGAUUCACACUGUGACUGAGGCGUUGCUCUGUACUCCAGUGUUACAUGUCAUUGUAUUCUAAUGCACUGUUUUAUAUUACGCCACAUUCCUUUGUGUUUAGCGUUCAUCAGUGUCCUUCUCCUCAGCAUCCUCUCUUAUCUAGCACUGUUAUCUUUACGGUGUCUGCCUCAGCUAAUAUGCGCACAAUACCCUCGGGAAGUCGGAUGCCAUGACGUGCACUCAAAGGCAUGUCCACACAAAGGAACGCCUUGGAAACAUUUCAGAAACCGAUUUCAUGGAUGGAUGAAUGAGAGGAUGGAUGGAUGGAUGGAUGAGUGGGUAGAUGGAGAGAUGGAUGGAUGGAUGAGUGGAUGGAUGGAUGGGUGAGUGAGUAGAUGGAGAGAUGGGUGAAUGGAUGAGUGGAUAAAUGGAUAGAUGGAUGGAUGAGUGAAUAGAUGGAUGGAUGGAUGAAUGGAUGGAUGGAUGGAUGGAUGAAUGAAUAGAUGGAUGGAUGGAUGGAUGGAUGGAUGGAUGGAUAAGUGAGUAGAUGGAUAGAUGAAUGAAAGGAUGGAUGGACGUCUCUCAAAUGUCUCCAAACUGUUUUCCAACCGAUUUUCAAAUAUCUGCAAGGUGUCUGCAAACAGUUUGUAAGCAUUGUUUCCAGGCCAUUGUUUCCUGGUGUGGACAGGCCCUAAGUCAUGCUCUUGCACUACCAACGCUUCAUACAGUCAACCAGCCUGCAGUUAACAAUAAAUCAAUUAAACCUACAAUGCAAUGACUUUUAGAAAAUCCUGCAUCUUGGGACUUACAGACUACACGGUGCAUGUACGUUUUCACAUCCACCACUGUAAGAGAGAGACAUUUUUUUUUUUCUUUACGUGAGACGGGACUCUGGUCUAGGGCAACAAAAAAAGUUAUAAAAAAAAAAAAGAUCCACUGAAGGUGCCAGUCCCGAAAGAGUGUAGUCUAAAAGGGUUAUAAAAAUUUUGAGAAUAAGUGUCUUGAGGUACCGAAGACAAGAUGAGCAAAUCCUUGGUAUUACUGAUGUUGUGAAACUUAACGGAAGUAUGUCGAUUAUAUGAAAUGUCAAGAUGGGCCUCGGUGCAUGUGCGUGCGUGUGUGUGUGUGUGUGUGUGUGUGUGUGUGUGUGUGUGUGUGUGAGUGCAUAAGGA